AUGUGGAAGCAACUGGUUAAAACAAGAGAUAAAGUUAUGGCUAUGUGUGGAGGUGAAGAAAAUCUGAGGAAUCUUAUCAACUCAUGCCAUCAUAGUGGUAAACUGAGGCUUUCAGACCUAUACAAUGCUCUAUCCCCUGUUUCACAGGAAGUGCCGUGGUAUAAUUUGGUUUGGGGUGGACUCAAUGUUCCCAAACACUCUUUUAUAUGCUGGUUGGUCUUACAAGAUAGAAUCCUCACUCAAGAUAGGUUACUUAGAAGAGGGGUCAUUGAUUCAAAUAUCUGUCGCCUUUGCUCUGGAGUUGAGUGCGAGACCAGAAAGCACUUGUUCUUUGAAUGUGCUUAUUCUUGUGAAAUAUGGAAUAGAGUUAUGGAAUGGCUGGGGUUCAAUUGGAAGUCAUGUUACUGGAAUCAACUCAUUCAUUGGUUUACAGUCAGGUUAAGAGGAAGAGGGCUUAAGCAAAAAUUGAAGAGGCUGGCGUUAAUUGCAACUAUCUAUUAUAUCUGGCAAGAAAGAAAUGCAAGGAUUUUUAGACAGCAAUCCAGGAAUCCUGAUCAAAUGGUCAAGUUGAUUCAAACUGAAAUUUGGAUUAUAAUGCUCAACAAACCUGGAGUUAGCAGUGAUAUGGAUAGCUCAUUGUAG